CAGCCGCCACUGUUGCUUACGUACUUCUUCAGAGGAUUGUUUUUGCUGAGUAUAACAUCCAGGUUCCUGAAAAACACUUCCAAGAAACAACACAACACUUGAAAUGGGAAGUGACCCCUGAUUCACAUGUGGGGUUGGUUCAAACUAUCCCUUCCCAACUAUAAAAGUCAGCCAUCCAUCAGUAAGAAGGAACUUUACAUAGAUAAUAUCUCAUUCUUCAUCAUGAAGCUCCUGGUCUCAGUGUUCCUGCUACUGGCUCUCAGUUAUCCAGCCACAGCUGAAGUUGUGAUGUCGUUUGCAACAUGCAAUAACUUUUUCUUCAAGGGUCAACCACCCAUCGGGCCAACAGCUACUCAAUACAAGAUGAUCUGCCAAAAGACUGAAGAUGGUUAUGAAUAUGCGACGCUCUAUGACACCAACAAUAAGAUCCCUGUCUACUCUGCAUAUGAUUUUCACGGAAUACGCACUAAGACAGCGGACUGGGACGUUGAACCUCAGCUGGAUGACCAGAACGGUGGAGACUUCAUGGCUUCUGAGAGCAAAGUCAAUCCUUGCCUAAGAGGCAAAAAUCAAGCACUGGAUGAAGAUUACACGAAAUCUAACUACGAUAGGGGACACCUGCUUCCAGUCCAUCACCGACAUUCCCAGGCAAGUGCGGACGCCACAUUCACCCUCACAAAUGCUGCUCCACAGAAUCCAACCUUUAACCGAGGACAGUGGAGGGUAAAAGAAGCAGAAGUGGCAGACACGUUGACAACCGAUUGCUUGAACCGUGGUUUUCAUGCCUAUAUUGUUACUGGUGUGGUGCCUGGAAAUACAAACAUCAAUAACAGGGUUAAUGUUCCCAGUUAUUUCUGGAGCGCCUACUGUUGCAGAGACAACAAUGACAGACCUCAGUUCUCUGGCGCCUUCUAUGGGAAAAAUGAUCAGACCAACACAGUAACACCAAUCCCAAUAGCCUUCCUGGAUGGAGCGCUCACUAAAGUCUAUGGCACCCGCUUCAAAGUGUUCGCAAAUGAAUGUAAAUAA